AUGAAGCAAAAGAAGAAUAGGUUUGGGUCAGGUAAGAGGAUUACCGAUCAGUCGAGUGUUGAUGGUGAUUUGAUCGCACCUGGGAAUAGUUCUAUGGAUAAACGCAGAAAUAGCAGUAGUAGCAGAAGUAGUAGUACGCAAGAAAGUAAAGAAUUGACAGAAUCGUUAGCAAGUGUUCAUACUAGUGACAUGCAUCAGAGUAAUAUACAUGAGAGGAUAGAUGGGGAUGAUAACCCAUUUUUAGAUCAAGAUGAUGAAUCUUUCAAGUCUACUAGGGCUAAUACUUCGGCUACUAAAUUGACAGAUGUAGUUAAUCCGAACGCAGAGUAUAAAGACAAUGAUAGCGAUAAUGAUGAAGAGAUUUUAACUGCAACUGCCCCUGAUACUUCCAUCACUGAAGGUAUAGUUUCCACUGAAGCUGAUGGCGGUAAUGAUGUUGUAACUGCUAGUGUUGAGGAUAAAGAAGGCACAGUCACUGAUACGGCGGUUGGCUUGGAUAAUGCGAACAAUACUGUAGAUCAAAAAGUCAAAGAAAGUAUAAUUCCUGAUAUAAAAUUGAUUAAUGACAGAGUUCAAAUAUUGGAGGCCAACAAAGUUUCUGAAGGUCAAGGAAGGGCAUAUGUAGCCUAUACCAUCAAAUGGGGUGAUCAGUCUGUGAGAAGGAGAUAUAGCGAUUUUGAGAGUUUAAGGAGUGUUUUGAUGAAACUUUUCCCAACCAGCUUAUUACCACCCAUUCCAGAGAAGCAAACAUUGAAGAAUUAUAGUAAAUCAAUAGCCGGAUCAAAAUCUAAUUAUUUGUUGCCUUCAGAAGGCACUGGUUCUGUUGAUUUGGUAUUAUCAGUUAUAAAUGGUACAGUUACAAAUAAUGAUGAAAAACUUAUACGACAUAGAAUUAGGAUGCUGACAAGUUUUUUGAACAAGUUAUUACAAGAUGAAGAAAUUUUAAAAACUCCCAUUAUCUAUGAUUUUCUUGAUCCUAAUAAUAUAAAUUGGAAUGACUUCAUUAACAGUUCAGCAACAUUUUCGAUGUUACCUAAAAGUGUUUUACAGUGUAAUCCAUUGGAUCCUACUAAUACAACAAGAAUACAUGCAUGCCUACCAGUUCCAUCCACUUCUCAUAUCUUACCUUCAAAAGAAAAAGUGUCAGAUACCAAGACGAUUGAACGAAAAGAUGGUUUUGACAUCAUUGAACAAGAACAUAAACAAUACGAAAGUCUGUUAAAAAGUGGAUUUUAUAAACAUAACACACAAAUAACAAAAUCACUUUAUGGUAUGCAACAUGAUAUGAAAGACUUAUCGGAUACAUUUGCCCAUUUCGCUAGUGCUCAAGCUUGUGAAGCUGAAUUGGCGGAGCAGCUAACAUAUAUGAGUAACGCCUAUGACGAUGCUGCAUCCAAUUUAGAAGCUUUGGUAGGCCUGUUAUAUUAUAAUAUAAAUGAGCCUUUGGGUGAAUCUGUGAGGAUGGCAGGGUCAGCAAAAGAAUUAAUAAAAUAUAGAAAAUUAAAGGGAGUCCAAUUGGAGAUAUUAAUCAACUCGUUAGAAUCCAAAAGACAACAAUUGCAUAAAUUAGAACUUCAACGAGGUGUCCAACCAAGGAAUGGGAAUACUGCUUCUGGUGCUUCUGGUAAUGAUGAAUCCUCGGUAAAAAAGCCACAAGCUUCGAAGUCACAAUCAUCUUCCUAUGGGGGAAAGUUUUUAAACAGAUUUAACAAAAUUGCAGCUAUGGUAAAGGAGACCAUCAAUUAUCAAGAACAAGACCCUCAAACGACAAUGGCAAAUCUAAUAAAGGAAAUAGAACAAUUAAAUGAAUCUGAACAGGUAGCGAGACAUGAUCUGGAAGAUAUUUCAAAAAUAAUUAAAGAAGAUAGAUUAACCAAAUUCUCUGAAGAAAGAGAGAAAGAACUGAAUGAAAUUUUGCGUAACUAUUCGAAAUACUUAAAAGAUUAUGCCAAAAAAAAUUUAGAAUUAUGGAAGGAAAUAAAAACUCGACAAGAACAAUUAUAG